GUUUAAGUAGAGCCACCAUUAAUUAGCUCUCACUCAGUAUAUUCCAGCCAAUUCCAGAGGCACGUAUCUCGAGGCGAUCCGACGGUGGAUGGUGAUGAGCCAGUGCUUAGUGACACGACUGCUAUGAUUCCACUGUACACUAGACGAUUUCGUCGAGGAGUCUCCGCUAGUGGAACUGCUGUCCUUUGGCCUCUGAGCUCCUUAACUCACACACUUCCCUUCCCAGCAAGGCGACAUCCUCAAGAAUUUCUCUUAAGAGUUCGGCAUGGAGAACUCUGAAGAUGAAGCAGAGAAAGGCGAGCUACCCUUGGAAUUGAAGCCAUUAGUCUCAUUAGCACCAAAGGUUCCUACUCUUUUGGGAUAUGAUGUGGAAACUAAAUCGACCAGUCCACUUUUAGUUUAUGUCACACCAUGCAGACCUUGCUCUUCAUCAGAACAGCCUGAAGAAGCCCCACCUUCAUUUUGUGAGCCCACACCGAAGUCACCAGUUCCUAUAAAGGCUACACCAAUCUCAGUGGCAUUGCCCACACAUCAACAGGAAGAUGAAUCAUCAGAUGGAGAUUAUAAGCCCUUCUGCAAAGAGAAAAAACCAGCAUCACUGAAGAAAUCCAAGAGGCCCCGGCAAGCUGAGAAAUCUAAUGUAGCCAACAUCAAGCGCAGAUCGAUAAGGAGAAACCUGGACAGCGAGUUCAACUUAUGUUCUUCCUCCUCAGACAACCCAAAGGAAUCAGUGGAAGGAACCAUGAUGAUGUUUGAUUCACUGCGGCGCCGCAUACUUCAGUUGGAUGAAAAAGAGGACGCAGGCAGGCGGGCUGACCUGAAAGCUGGCACUCUUAUGAUGCACAACAACCUCAGAAUCAACAACCGUAAGAUGAUAGGGCAUGUACCUGGAGUUGAAGUCGGCGAUGUUUUCUUCUUCAGGAUUGAAAUGUGCAUUGUUGGUUUGCAUGCACCAGCCAUGGGUGGUAUUGAUUACAUCUCUUCUAAGCAUAAAGAUGAGACCCUGGCUGUCUGCAUUAUUUCAUCUGGAGGCUAUGAGAAUGACGACGAUGACACUGACAUUUUGGUGUACACAGGGCAGGGAGGCAACAGUCGUCACAAGGAGAAGCACGACCAGAAGCUUGAGAGAGGUAACCUUGCUCUCAUGAACAGCAGGAACAAGAAGAAUCAGAUAAGGGUUGUGCGCAGCGCACAAGACCCAUUCAGCUCAGGCAAAAUAUAUAUUUAUGAUGGGCUUUAUCGUAUCGAAGACUCAUGGACAGACAAGGCUAAGAAUGGAUUUAAUGUCUUCAAAUACAAGCUGAGGAGGGAGCCAGGACAACCUGAUGGAAUUUCACUUUGGAAGAUGACUGAGAAGUGGAAAGCAAAUCCUGCCACAAGAGAAAAGGGUAUACUGUUGGAUUUAUCGUCAAAGGCAGAGAACCUACCUGUGUGCCUAGUUAAUGAUGUUGAUGAUGAAAAAGGACCAAGCCACUUCAAUUAUGUUGCUGGAGUGAAGUAUCUGAGACCUCUUAGGAAGACAAAACCUUUACAAUGUUGCAAAUGUCCUAGUGUGUGCUUGCCUGGUGACCCUAAUUGUUCGUGUGCACAACAGAAUGGUGGUGAUCUUCCUUAUAGCUCAUCAGGAUUGCUUGUGAAGCAUGUUCCAAUGGUUUACGAGUGCUCCUCUAACUGUCAAUGUUCUCAUAAUUGUCGAAACAGGAUCAGCCAGAAGGGUAUAAAACUGAAUUUUGAGGUUUUCUGGACGGGAGACCGUGGCUGGGGUCUCAGGUCUUGGGACCCCAUCCGUGCCGGGACAUUCAUUUGCGAGUAUGCUGGUGAAGUCAUUGAUGAAACUAGGAUUGACAUGGAUGUUGAGGAAGACAAAUAUACUUUUCGUGCAUCCUAUCCUGGAGAUAAGGCUUUAAACUGGAAUGUGGGAGCAGAAUUGCUUGAAGAAAAAAGCACAGUUGUCACAACUGAGAACUUUAAGCAGCUACCAAUCAUCAUAAGAGCAAACAAUGAAGGAAAUGUGGCUCGUUUUCUGAACCAUAGCUGUUCUCCAAAUCUCCUUUGGCAAGCCGUACAGUAUGACCAUGGCGAUGAUAGCUACCCACAUAUCAUGUUUUUUGCAAUGAAACAUAUUCCUCCCAUGACUGAACUGACUUAUGAUUAUGGUACAAGAGGUGCUCCCCCUGGCUUUGAGGGGAAACUCUUCAGAGCUUGCAAACUCAAAUCAUGCCUAUGUGGCUCCAAGUAUUGUCGAAGUUUGUUCUGAGAGAAGAUAUGGUGGGCACGUAUGAACUAAUGUACUAAAGCAGGGUAUUAAGCUACUCUAUGAAUGCUAUAUGUAUAUGCGUUGUGGAUGCUGCUAAAGAAGAGGAAGAUGACUAGGAGAAUGGCAUGAAGGGGCUCAGUUUUUGUGGCAGAAUGUAGUGGAAUGCAGCAAUGAGAACUUCACAUUUGUGCUGUCCGUUGCCCAUGUUGUAGGCGUGUAUAGCCCACAACGCAAUUAUGUCUUUUGGUAGUUGCUAUGGCAGCACUAAACCCUGUUAACUUUGUGAUGUGAAUGAGAUAUCUGCAUGUUGUUAUGCUGCUGCUGUUUGAUGCUGUGAAGUUAAAAAUUAAAGAGAAAAAAGAGAGA